GUAAAGCAAAGUACUUUCCGUCCAUUUAAACAUGAAAACAGAAAAGUUUUGAAAAGAAAACUUGACACAGAAUUUCAAGCGGCUUUACCGUCUGUCUGGUGUCUUGUAGUACCGAGUCAAAGUCUGUGUCUUUCCACUCGUUGUUUCAGGUGAAAAGUGAAGCCAAUGCGGUCAUUUUUGUCAAAGAGUACGAAGUUGAACAGGGGUUUCUGUUUGUAACUGAUUGAGAACAGAUUGAGACACCAUUAUUUGGCCUGAUCCGUGGCUCAGAAUUCGCAUCUUCUGUAUCUGGGUUUUCUUUUUCAGACUAGGUAAUGGAUUCUUUUUUCAAUUUCUCUAGAAUGGACAUAGUUUAUGCUUACGAAAAUCAGUAAUUUUGGCAUGUGGGUUUUGUGAUUCUUGGUGUUUUGUUUACACAUUUGUUGAGAAAAUUAGAACCCAAGUGUCUUUGAUGGGUUUUGAUUAGCUUUUGAUGUUCUUUCUGUUGUAUACUAUGUUGGUUAUAUAGAGGGUUAAUUUUGAUCAUUUAGUUCAAUUAUGUUCAAACAUAUUCUUAGUAAGCUUCCUAAGAAGUCCUCAAAGUCAUCUAAAAAUCAAGAAGUUCAUGCUGCCUUUACCCCAGUUAUAGACAAUUCCAUCAGUUCAAAGAGUAGUGAUAUAGGAAGUAAGAAAUUGGGGAAUCCGAUCAAUACAUCUCUUGCAACCCUUUAUUCGGCAUCAAAUAUUGGACAGAAUCAAGUAGAUAAAUUGUCAGUCGGGGCGAGUUCCAAGCUGAAUGGGACUUCAGUUGCUACUUAUGAAGCACUACCUAGUUUUCGUGAUGUUCCAGGUUCUCAGAAGGAGAACCUGUUCAUCAGAAAGCUAAAGAUGUGUUGUGUCGUAUUUGACUUCAGUGAUGCAACGAAGAACCUAAAGGAAAAGGAAAUCAAGCGACAAACGUUGUUGGAGCUUGUGGACUAUAUCACUACUGUGAACGGGAAAUUCGCAGAAACUGUUAUGGAAGAAGCUAUAAAGAUGGUAUCUGCCAAUAUAUUCAGGUCGUUUACUACUCAGCCACGCGAAAACACAGUGUUAGGAGCCUAUGAUUUGGAAGAGGAGGAGCCUUUAAUGGAUCCUGCUUGGCCUCAUUUGCAGAUUGUUUAUGAGUUUUUGCUGAGGUUUGUUGCAUCACCCGAAACUGAUGCGAAAUCAGCUAAAAAGUACAUUGAUCACUUCUUUGUUCUUAAUUUGUUGGAUCUGUUUGAUUCUGAAGACCCAAGGGAAAGGGAGUACUUGAAAACUAUACUACAUCGUGUCUAUGGGAAAUUCAUGGUGCACAGACCAUUCAUCCGAAAAUCUAUGAACAACAUAUUUUAUACGUUUGUUUUUGAGACUGAAAAGCAUAAUGGUAUUGCUGAACUUUUAGAUAUUUUGGGCAGUAUCAUUAAUGGGUUUGCUUUGCCACUCAAGGAAGAACACAAAUUGUUUCUUGUUCGGGCUCUAAUACCCUUACACGAACCGAGAUGUUUAGCUAUGUAUUAUCAGCAGUUAUCUUACUGCAUUUCACAAUUUGUGGAGAAAGAUUGCAAGCUUGCUGAUGGUAUUAUCAAGGGUUUAUUGAAGUAUUGGCCAGUCACUAAUAGUUCAAAGGAAGUCAUGUUUCUGAGUGAGUUGGAGGAAGUUCUAGAAGCAACUCAGCUGCCAGAAUUCCAGCGCUGUAUGGUGCCGUUGUUUCGGCAAAUUGCUCGUUGCUUGAAUAGUCUGCACUUUCAGGUGGCAGAGAGAUCUUUGUUCUUGUGGAACAACGAUCACAUUUACAACCUAAUCCAGCAAAAUCGCGAUGUGAUACUGCCCAUUAUCUUCCCGGCAUUGGAGAGAAAUGCUAGAGGCCACUGGAAUCAAGCUGUCCACAGCUCGACAUUAAACGUCCGAAAGAUUUUCUUCGAUCUUGACCCUGAGCUAUUCAAGGAGUGCAUGCUCAAGUUUCAAGAAGACGAAAUAAAGGAAGAAGAGGUAAAAACUAGGCGUGAAGCCACAUGGAGACAACUGGAAGGCAUCGCUUGGAAGAAGGCCGUAACUAACGAAGCAGUGCUUCUCCCCCUCUGAGGAACCAUAUCAUGUCAUCAGGUAUAGGAGACUUUAUGUAGCUCUGGUUGCAAUUCAUUUUUCAAAUUAAGCAGAUGCAAUACAGUGUAGAAGGUGGAAUGCCCUGUACUGUAAGGUUCAUUUUGUUCCUCCAUCCCUACUAAAAUUGAGGUUUCAUACUAGUAUUAGUUAGGCCGAAUCGUGCCAAAUACUCAUUGGUAAGUGGUCUGUUCUUUUCCUGAAUAUCCAAGAAAUCUGAGUUUAUUGCUCA